UGAGUGGUCAAAGAAGAUAGCGUCCGGGCAGUGCGUCCCUAGGAAUCCAAAACCCCUAAAACCCCUCGCACUCGUCAGUCGUCACCCUCCGCUCUCCACUGCAACAAUCGAGCUAUACUUCCCAACUCAACCUCUCCCCCUUUCUUCCUCUUUUGCAAAAACCCUAAUCCUCUGUCUUGGAUUCCUUUCUCCCAAACAUGAAAGAAGAAGACGCCGGACCGCCCAACAGAGAACUCUACGCGCUUCUCAACAUCUCUCCCGACGCCUCGGAUGAAGAAAUCAGAAAAGCGUAUCGUCAAUUCGCCCAAGUCUAUCAUCCUGACAAAUACCAACCUCAUCAGAUGAAGGAAAUUGCUACAGAGAACUUCCAAAGGAUAUGUGAAGCAUAUGAAAUUUUAUCUGAUGAGCAUAAAAGGCAGAUAUAUGAUAUAUAUGGUAUGGAAGGGCUGACUGCAGGCCUGGAACUUGGUCCAAAACUGAAUAGAGCUGAAGAGAUUAAGCAAGAAUUUGAAAGAUUACGACGUAGGAAGGAACAAGAGAAGGUCUCAGCCCAUAUUCGUCCUUCUGGUUCAAUUUUAGCCAAUUUGUCUUUGCCUGAGUUUCUUAAUGGUGAUGGCAUCAUGAUAGGCAUGUCUAUGUCUAGUGACCUCCAAGCUCAAAUAUCCAAACGCAAUGCUAUUGCUAUUGGUGGAAAUUUGGCAGUCAAUGGGAAUGUUGGUGGUGGAGCAGCUACUGCUGUCUUUAGGCAUCAGAUUUCUUCAGUUUCUUCAAUAGAAUUCAUGGCCUCAGCUGGUUUACGGGCAUUAAUUGGCAUACAAACAUCACGCAAUCUAUCACUUCACUCAACUGCAACAACUGGAAUUGCAGUGUCUUUGAGAGAUGGUUCAAUCAAUCUUACCAAUGCCUGGACUCGUCAACUGUCUGAAACGACAAGCGGAACUAUACAGCUGGCUUUGGGUCCAGAAUCAUCCGUUGCUGUUGGAUGGCAAAAGAAGGAAGAGAAAAUGUCUGCUUCUGGAGAACUGAAGUUUGGAACAAGUUCUUUUGGGGCAACUGCGAGUUACAUUCGUCGCUUCUCCUCAAAAUCCCAUGGUCGUAUUGCAGGCAGAGUUGGAAGCUCUGCUCUUGAGAUUGAAGUUGGGGGUGGAAGGAAAUUAUCUGAUUUCAGUACUGUCCGCAUGUUAUAUUCUAUAGGAAUUCAGGGCAUUUAUUGGAAAAUUGAAUUUCAUCGUGGAGGUCAAAAGCUAAUUAUUCCUAUUCUGCUUUCCAGGCAAUUGGAUACUGUGUUUGCAACUGGUGCUUUUGUGAUUCCGACAUCAAUUUACUUUUUACUCAAGAAAUUUAUUGUCAAACCAUACUACCUUAGGCGGGAAAAGCAGAAGAAAUUAGAGAAUAUAGAGAAAACUUCGGUGCAGGUUCAAGAGGCAAGGGUGGCAGCUGAGAAAGCCCAACAGUUGUUACAAAAUGUAGCCAAUAGGAAGAGAAAUAGACAGUUAGAAACAGGUGGACUUGUCAUUACCAAAGCAGUUUAUGGUAAUCGGAAAGCUUUGAAUGAACCAGGAGAAGGAGAUGAUCAAUUAGCUUCACAAGUUGUUGAUGUCACUUUGCCCUUAAAUUUUUUGGUUAAUGAUUCUGGGCAACUUAAGCUUCACGAGGGUGUAAAGAAAUCGGGCAUUAUGGGCUUCUGUGAUCCAUGUCCUGGAGAACCCAAGCAGUUGUAUGUGGAGUACACUUAUGGUGGCGAUAGAUAUGAGGUGAUAGUUGAUGAUUAUGAGGAGUUGCUAAUACCCCAGAGAUCACAUAGAGCCUGAAAGUCAUCCAAGAUGCUCAUGUUCUUGGAACAGGUCCCAGUUGAGAUUAAAAGCUAUUACUAAAACUUCUUCUUUGGUCACCUCCUGCAAUUUUGCAUGCUAUGCCAUGCCCUUGAGGUAUCAUGGCUCAUAGUUUCACUUUUUAAUGUCAUUUUCAUUUUUGGGACGGUGUAUUGAAUAAGAGGGUUAAUCACAUUUAUGGUGCAGCUUACUGAUAAAAGGUUUUAUUAAAGCUGUGUCCAUAGAACCGUUGUAGUCCCAAUUACAUUGUCGGAUGUUAUACAAUUGGGGGGCUGAUUUCAGUUUCUCAUUUGCCUCCAUAAACAGGCACAAUAGAAAUCCACAUUUUAAGGAAUG